AAAAAAAAAAUAAAAAAAAAAUUAAAGGCAGCAAGAAAGAGCUGCAAAUAUGGAAUGCCGAAAACUAGAGUUGACCAUUAUUUCUGCCAAUGAUUUAAGAGAAGUUAGACGGCUUUUCAAAAUGAAGGUUUAUGCCAAGGUGUUUAUCGGGGGUAACCAAGAAAUGGAGAAGCGAACACCUGUGGACAAUCACGGCCAGACCAAUCCGGCGUGGAACUACACGAUGAAAUACUCGAUAAGCGAGUCAUGGCUAAAACAUCAUGGCACCAUCAAGGGCGGACCUAAGCCCAACCGAAGGUGGGCGGGCGCACCCCCGGGGAAAAAAAAUUUAGUGCUAAAUUCCGUCGAAAAUCCCGUCCGCACCCCUUGGAAUUUUUCGUCCGCACCCCUUGGAAUUUUUCGACCGCACCCUUGAAAU